AGUCCAAAGUCCAAGUAAACAAAAGCAGACAGGACAUUCAAGACAAAUGAUGUUGAAUGAAAAUGUCGACUCUGUGCAGUAUCCAGAUGGAUCUGAUUCUCCAAAGACGACUAAAUCAAAGGCAAACUGCAGAAAAGCUGCGGAAAGACCAAUCUAUGACACCGUCGUAAAAACUACAAAAUACCUCGUGCUUUCAUUGUUUACAAUCUAUGUUGUGUUCCCGUCAAUUAUGGCAGUAUAUCCAAGAAUUCAAGAAAAACUCAUCUUCCUUAAUUUCGUGUGUUGGCCACCAUUUAUGGAUGUAACAAAACCAGAAGAAUUAGGCAUUACUGGAGUCAGGAAUUUUUAUCUUAACGUAGAGGAAGAGAUCACAAUUGGAGCAUGGCACCUUCUUCCAAAAUCUUUAGUUAAAAAUGAAACUGUAGACUUUGAAGAUCAGUUGAAAAGUGGACACCCUAUCUUCUUGUAUUUACAUGGAUCAACAGGAACUAGGGGAGGUUGGCACAGAGUCCAGUUAAUGAAAUUGCUGACAUCAUUAGAUUUUCAUGUUAUUACUAUGGAUUACAGGGGAUAUGCUGAUUCCACUGGUCAUCCGUCGGAGGAUGGGGUGGUGGCAGAUAGCCAUUUCAUGUUUAAGUGGAUCAAAGAAAGAAGUGGGACAUCUCAAGUCAUUUUGUGGGGCCAUUCCUUAGGAGCUGCAAUCACAACAAAGCUGGCCAAACAGUUAUGUGAGGAAGGAGAUGAUCCUCAUGGUGUUGUUUUAGAGUCACCAUUUAACAACAUUAGAGACGCUGCUCUUAGUCAUCCAUUUGCAGCACCAUUCCAGCAUAUAACUUUCUACAAGGAGCUCAUUUUGGACUGUGUUGCUCAAAACAAUGUGUUCUUCACAAGUGAUGAAAAUAUAGCUGCAGUGCAGUCUCCUGUGUUAAUCAUGCAUGCAGAGGAUGAUUUAGUGAUUCCAUAUGAUCUUGGACUCAAGUUAUACAAGUCAGCUCAGCACAACCGGCCAGAGGGCAGUGGUCAUCUACAAUUCAUCCCUUUGAAAGCUUCCUUUGGGUAUGGACACAAGCAUAUAUUUCAAGCUCCAGAAUUGCCAGAAAUCAUAAGGAACUUUGUUGGCAUUUGUCAGAAGAAAUGACAGAUCAGACUUUGAUAAGAUCUGUCUCUGCUUAACAAUCACAAGUCGUGAUAACCAAUAGCUCAGGAAGUCUCAAUUCUAUAUCAUGAUUAUAAUGUCCCCCACAUUGAGAGUUUUGAUGUUUUGUGUGGCAGAUGUUUUAGUGUUCCAUGAUUUAAGUUUUGUGUUUUGUACAGUGCUAAUACAUGUGUAGUAGAUGUAUUGAUGAUAUCUGAUUGAUGUCACCCAGCUGUAAAUUUACACAUUAGACAUGAUAUCUGAUUGAUAAUCUAUACAUCUAUUAGACAUGAUAUCUGAUUGACAUCACACAGCUGUAAACCUACGUCUUUCAUAAUCAGGUUAUGUUGAUUUGAGAUGUUUAUUUUGUAGUGGUUAUGUAACAUGGUAUAUUGCCACAUUUAAUUUACAUGUAUAUGUCAAGUUACAUUAGUCUAGAUCUGGUAAUAUUGUACAUAUGUUCAUUUGUUGAUGUUUUUACUUCAGAGAAUAGUGCAGAAGCAUUUUGAAAGGUAGAUUUGUGGGAAAAAAAUGAUUCGUAAUUUUUUUCUGCACUCUCUAAUUUAUUAUGGUCAUUGUAUAAGAAAUGCAUAAUCUAUGCAUUCUUAAUUUUCAUGUAAUAAUGUUUCAUCAUCAAUUUGUUCAAUUCUGCAAAAUUAUUUUUCAUGCACAAAGCCAAUAAAGAAGGAUAACAAAUCAGCAUAUCAAAUCCAAGUAAAUUUUUACAUGUUUAUAAAUUCAAAUGGAUUCUUUUCAUGGUGUAUCCACAAUAUUUAAUAAUAUGAUUUUUAGUUCAUAUUUAUGAUACCUAUGUACCAAAUGUGAUGAGUGUAAGGGUUUUUGUCAAUGUGUAUGGGGUUUUUGCUACCUAAUGUGCAUAGAGUUUUUGUUGAUGUGUAUAAUGUUUUUGCCGGUGUGUGUAUGAUGUGUAUGUUUUUGCCGGUGUGUGUAUGUUUUUGCCGGCGUGUGUAUGAUGUGUAUAAUGUUUUUACCGGUGUGUGUAUGAUGUGUAUAAUGUUUUUGCCGGUGUGUAUGAUGUGUAUAAUGUUUUUGCGGUGUGUAUGAUGUGUAUAAUGUUUUUGCGGUGUGUAUGAUGUGUAUAAUGUUUUUGCCAGUGUGUGUAUGAUGUGUAAUAAUGUUUUUGCGGCGUGUAUGAUGUGUAAUAAUGUUUUUACGGUGUGUAUGAUGUGUAUAAUGUUUUUGUGGUGUGUAUGAUGUGUAUAAUGUUUUUGUCGGUGUGUAUGAUGUGUAAUAAUGUUUUUGCGGUGUGUAUGAUGUGUAUAAUGUUUUUGUGGUGUGUAUGAUGUGUAUAAUGUUUUUGCAGUGUGUAUGAUGUGUAAUAAUGUUUUUGCGGUGUGUAUGAUGUGUAUAAUGUUUUUGUCGGUGUGUAUGAUGUGUAUAAUGUUUUUGCGGUGUGUAUGAUGUGUAAUAAUGUUUUUGCGGUGUGUAUGAUGUGUAUAAUGUUUUUGUGGUGUGUAUGAUGUGUAUGUUUUUAUCGGUGUGUAUGAUGUGUAUAAUGUUUUUGUCGGUGUGUAUGAUGUGUAUAAUGUUUUUGCGGUGUGUAUGAUGUGUAAUAAUGUUUUUGCGGUGUGUAUGAUGUGUAUAAUGUUUUUGUCGGUGUGUAUGAUGUGUAUAAUGUUUUUGCGGUGUGUAUGAUGUGUAUAAUGUUUUUGCCAGUGUGUUUAGGGUUUUUCUUGUAUAGGACAUUUGUUGUUUCAUACGAUCACGAAAUGGCUCAGGUGAACAUCAUUUCUGUAUCUUUUAUCGACAUUUAACCUUUCCAACAUCAACAGAAAGGUUAUAGUGUACGUACCAUUUCAAUAAUUUUUGGCAAAUUUUACAAGUAUGACUCUCAGUUAAUGUCCCUUCAUUCCUUACGUACACACGGUAUUAAAAAUGUCUUUUUAUUAAAGAUAAAAUGAGAUGUAAGAUAAGAAUAAUCCCUGAAAAUUCCACAUAUAGGAUAACUUACCGGUAGAAUAAAAGUAUUACUGCUGAAUCUAGCUGGCUAGGGUAGGUGAAUUUAAACAGUUUUAGAAAUAUUCCAAUACUCCUGCUGUGUUUGCAACCGGUGUGGCAAGAAUCUUGCCAUGAACUUCUAAUGAUUUUUAUUUUUCAACAGAUGUAGUGAACUCCAGAGAGCCCCAACUCGCCUCAGCGUGUACUGGUAUUCACAGCACCGAGAAUAUCUUGUCAUGAACCUAUGAUAACUUCCCUAUGUACCGGUAUUCACGGCACCGAGAAUAUCUUGUCCUGAACCUCUAAUAACCUCCGUAUGUACCGGUAUUCACAGCACCGAGAAUAUCUUGUCGUGAACCUCUAAUGACUUCCGUAUGUACCGGUAUUCACAACACCGAGAAUAGUGUGUCGUGAACGUCUAAUAACUUCCGUAUGUAUCGGUAUUCACAGCACCAAGAAUAUCUUGUCCUGAACCUCUAAUAACCUCUGUAUGUACCGGUAUUCACAGCACCGAGAAUAUCUUGUCCUGAACCUCUAAUAACCUCCGUAUGUACCGGUAUUCACAGCACCGAGAAUAUCUUGUCCUGAACCUCUAAUAACCUCCGUAUGUACCGGUAUUCACAGCACCGAGAAUAUCUUGUCCUGAACCUCUAAUGUACCAGUAUUCACAGCACCGCGAAUAUCUUGUCCUGAACCUUUACCUGUGUUUUAUAUAGAUUACUUUUACUCCUGAAACUUGUGGAAUACUGUAGACCUACUGAUUUCCACGGAGUCAUAAUUUCGUGGAUUAUUAAUUUUGAUUUUAUCCGCAGGUAUGAGAUUUUGCUGAGUUCAUAUGGUUUAUAUUAAAAUACCUUGUAUACUUUAAAAUCCACUGAAUAUGAAAUGAUGCAGAUUUUUUGUCAUCAUGGACUUGGCAGAAAUAAUUACCACUUGUAAAAAUGUUUGUUUACAUUUAUACAUCCCUCUGGAGAUCAACUUACUGCAGUUUUAUCCACAACUAUAGUGUAAAUCUUAAGUAGUGUUUAUAAAUUGUUUUAUCCACAACUAAAGUGUAAAUCUUAGGCAGUGUUUGUAGAUCAUUUUAUCCACAACUAAAGUGUAAAUCUUAAGCAGUGUUUGUAGAUCGUUGAGAGUACUUCUAUAGAACGAGAGAGUUUAGUUUUGUUUUCUUAAGUUGUUUCAGUAUGCCUGUGUUUGAAACGUCUUUCAUGAUACAUGAAUAUUAAAAGGUCUUAGUCAUAAAACAAUUUGUCUACGAUUUAAAUGACAUCCCAGUUUGUUAUUGUUCUUGUUGUGUUUAAAAAAAAGAAAUUCUCUCUGCAUCAGACUUUUGAUUUGAAAAAUUGCAUUUCAUUCAUAAAGAUGAAUUUCUCCUCAUUUUAACAGAAUUUUAGAUAUGAAUUCAAUAUCUUUUUAAUUCCUCAUGUGCCUCUUUUUAUUGUUAGAUCUGUUGAAGUAUACUAUACAUGCUGUUUUACUUCUGUUGUGUAUUUAAGUUGUUCGGUGUUUUGUAUUGUUAUAAAUAUUUACUCUAUUGUGUUAUAUUUAAACUUUUUGGAAACUUUUUGUUGCAAUGCAAUGCAAGCUAAUGAUCUGGUCAGUUAUAAUGCGUAAACAUUAAAAGAAAGUAAACUGGAAA